AUGGCCUCAUCCGGAGGUCUCACGCGGAGGCGUGGAGCAGGAGGAGUAUCUUCGCCAAACGGAGACGAAGAGUCCUCGAGUCGUGUCACUUCUCCCGCCCCGAAGCCCUUCAACGAUCGUUCUCCCGAAACCGCCUAUGAGAAUAGCGAAAAUGGUCACAAGAUCGCCUAUGACCCGCGAGAUAUCAGUGAAAGUGAGGAGCGGAGUAAACAGCCCAAAUUGACCCUGAUGGAGGAGGUGUUGCUCCUGGGAUUGAAAGACAAACAGGGCUAUCUCUCGUUCUGGAACGAUAACAUAUCAUAUGCUCUCCGUGGCUGUAUCGUGAUUGAACUGGCAUUCCGAGGACGAGUCAGCAUGCAAAAAGAUUCCUCUAGAAGACGGUUUCCACUCGCCGACAGAAUCAUUGAAGUCAUAGACGACACCCUCACUGGGGAGGUUCUAUUGGAUGAAGCACUGAAGAUGAUGAAGACCAGCGAGAAAAUGAGUGUAAGCUCGUGGAUCGAUCUGAUGAGCGGAGAAACUUGGAAUCUCAUGAAAAUCGGGUACCAAUUGAAACAAGUCCGCGAACGCCUCGCCAAAGGCUUGGUAGACAAAGGUAUCCUGCGGACCGAGAAACGCAACUUCCUCCUGUUCGACAUGGCCACACAUCCCGUGGUCGACUCCGCCGCCAAAGACGAAAUUCGAAAACGCGUCCGAAACGUCUGCUCCAACCGUACCGUCGUCCUCCCUCCCUCCCAGUUCCUCCCUGCCGAACUCGAAUUUAGAAUGCUCCGGACAAUUAGCAUGGUUUGCGCCGCUUAUGCAGCGAAUGUUCUUGAAAAUGCACUGGUGACCAUGGGCCAUGAGGCGCGAGAGAGAGCGUUCGCCCAAGUGGACGAGUUACUGGCUGAAUAUAGUCAGUGGCCGUUUGCACGAAGAACUGGUGGCGGGCAAGGCAUUGGAGCCAAUAUUGGCCAGGUAAUUGCCGAUGAAGUGGAGAAGAAUAAGGAUAAGGAAUUACAACUUGAGGUGAGUUAA